CCCUCCCGCGCCCUUGGAAGAUGGCAGUUUGGGGAAGGGCUGGAAGUUGCAGCCCGGGAGCGGAGCGGUAAGAGGCAGCGGCAGGGAAGAUUGCAUCUUCAGAUUUACCUCAUCUUGGCCAGAACAUUCCAAUCUGGUCUACUGUUGCCGAGAUCUGGUCUCGAUCUGUUAACAAUUUAUCGUUUCAUCAGCAACAAUGAGCUCCACAACACAGCCAGAUGGAGUUUCUGGACGUGAACAGCUCUUUGCUCAGCAAAGAAUGCACAGUAUGAUCAGCUCAGUGGAUGUAAAGUCAGAGGUUCCUGUGGGAUUGGAGCCCAUCACCCCACUGGACUUGCGAACAGAUCUCAGGAUGAUGGUUCCCAUUGUGGACCCAAUUAUGCGCGAAAAGCAGCUCCAGCAGGAGCUACUUCUGAUCCAGCAGCAGCAGCAAAUUCAGAAACAACUUCUGAUUGCGGAGUUUCAGAAACAGCAUGAAAACUUGACCCGACAGCACCAGGCCCAGCUCCAGGAGCACAUCAAGUUACAACAGGAACUCCUCACCAUUAAACAACAGCAAGAACUCCUUGAAAAGGAGCAGAAACUGGAGCAGCAGAGGCAAGAGCAGGAGCUAGAGAGACAUCGCAGGGAACAGCAACUUCCUCCCCUCAGAGGCAAAGAAAGAGGCCGAGAAAGGGCAGUGGCAAGCACAGAAGUGAAGCAGAAACUUCAAGAGUUCCUGUUGAGUAAAUCAGCAACAAAAGACUCUCCAACUAAUGGGAAGAAUCAUUCCACGAGCCGCCACCCCAAGCUCUGGUACACGGCUGCCCACCAUACCUCACUGGAUCAAAGCUCUCCACCCCUGAGUGGGGCCUCUCCGUCAUACAAAUACACUUUACCAGGAGCACAGGAUGCCAAGGAUGAUUUUCCACUUCGAAAAACUGCCUCGGAGCCCAACUUGAAGGUGCGUUCCAGGUUAAAACAGAAGGUGACAGAAAGGAGAAGCAGCCCCUUACUCAGGCGGAAGGAUGGAAAUGUUGUCAGUUCAUUCAAAAAGAGACUGUUUGAAGUGACAGAGUCGUCAGUUAGUAGCAGUUCUCCAGGAACAGGGCCCAGCUCACCAAGCAACGGCCCUACUGGAAGUAUGACAGAAAAUGAAACCUCACUUUUGCCAUCUAAUUCUCAAGCUGAGCACUUGGUUUCACAACAACGUAUUCUGAUUCAUGAAGAAUCGAUGAACCUGUUGAGUUUGUAUACUUCUCCUUCUUUGCCCAACAUUACCUUGGGACUUCCAGCGGUACAAUCCCAGUUCAGUGCUUCAUCUUCACUCAAAGAAAAACAGAAGUGUGAGACCCAGACACUGAGGCAGGGAGUGGCUCUUCCUGGACUGUAUGGGGGAAACAUGCCUCCCUCUUCAGCUCAGCCUCAUAUUGCUCUAGAGGGAAAACCUAACAGUAGCCAUCAGGCUCUCCUGCAACAUUUGUUACUGAAGGAACAAAUGAGACAGCAAAAGCUUCUUGUGACUGGAGGGGUUCCUCUCCAUCCACAGUCUCCAUUAGCAUCAAAGGAGAGAGUCUCACCAGGCAUCAGAGUUGCCCACAAGUUGCCUCGUCAUAGGCCCCUGAAUCGAACCCAGUCAGCUCCACUGCCUCAGAGCACUUUGGCCCAGCUGGUCAUUCAGCAGCAGCACCAGCAGUUCCUGGAGAAGCAGAAACAGUACCAGCAACAGAUUCACAUGAACAAAAUGCUCUCUAAAUCCAUCGAACAGCUAAAGCAGCCUGGCAAUCAUCUAGAAGAAGCUGAAGAAGAGCUUCAUGGAGAUCAUGCUAUGCAGGAAGAAAGAGCUCCCUCUAGUGGUAACAGCAUUAGGGAUGACAGCUGCAGCAUUUGUGUGGAUGACAGAAUAGGACAGCAUGUGGGGGCUGUGAAAGUGAAAGAGGAGCCACUGGACACUGACGACGAUAAUCAAACCCAGCAAAUGGAAUCUGGGGAGCAGGCUGCUUUUAUGCAACAGCAGAUCCUGGAGCAUCAGCGUAUCCACCAGUUGCAAAUGUACCAGGCUCAGAUGGCUACAGUUGGCAUGGCAGGAUUAGAUAAACAUCGGCCUGUUUCCAGGACCCAGUCUUCCCCUGCUGCUUCCACAUUACCUCAUCCAGCAAUGGACCGGCCCAUCCAGCCUGUCUACAUGACUGGUGUUGUCUAUGACAGUCUAAUGCUGAAGCACCAAUGCAUGUGUGGCAACUACGCCAAUCAUCCUGAGCAUGCUGGAAGAAUACAAAGCAUCUGGUCGAGGCUGCAAGAAACGGGGUUGCUAAACAAAUGCGAGCGAAUUCGAGGUCGAAAAGCCAGUCUGGAGGAAAUACAGCUGGUUCACUCUGAACAUCAUUCACUGCUAUAUGGCACCAGCCCCCUGAACAGACAGAAGCUGGACCCCAGGAAACUCCUAGGUCUCGUGUCUCAAAAAAUCUUUUCCUUGUUGCCUUGUGGGGGACUUGGGGUGGACAGUGACACCAUUUGGAAUGAGCUGCAUUCGUCCGGCGCUGCACGCAUGGCUGUUGGCUGUGUCAUCGAACUGGCUUCCAAAGUAGCCUCUGGAGAGCUGAAGAAUGGUUUUGCUGUUGUAAGGCCCCCAGGCCAUCAUGCUGAAGAAUCAACAGCCAUGGGGUUCUGCUUUUUUAAUUCGGUUGCAAUUACUGCCAAAUACUUGAGAGACAAGCUAAAUAUAGGCAAGAUAUUGAUUGUAGAUAUGGAUGUUCACCAUGGCAAUGGUACACAGCAGGCUUUUUAUGCUGACCCCAGCAUCCUGUAUGUUUCCCUCCAUCGCUAUGAUGAAGGCAACUUCUUCCCUGGCAGUGGAGCCCCAAAUGAGGUUGGAAGAGGCCUUGGCAAAGGAUAUAAUGUAAAUAUUGCUUGGACAGGUGGCUUGGAUCCCCCCAUGGGAGAUGUAGAGUACCUAACAGCAUUCAGGACUGUGAUUAUGCCAAUUGCCAAUGAGUUUGAUCCGGACAUUGUCCUAGUAUCAGCUGGAUUUGAUGCUGUGGAAGGCCACGAUGCUCCAUUAGGCGGGUACAAAGUCACAGCUAAAUGUUUUGGUCACCUAACGCAGCAGUUGCUGAAGCUAGCAGCUGGCCGUGUGGUGCUGGCACUGGAGGGAGGACAUGACCUUACUGCCAUCUGUGAUGCAUCUGAAGCCUGCGUAAAUGCCCUUCUAGGAAAUGAGCUGGAGCCUCUCCCAGAAGAUAUGCUGCACCAAACCCCUAAUAUGAAUGCAAUCGCUUCUUUACAAAAGGCCACUGAAAUUCAAAGCAAGUACUGGAAGUCAGUGAAGCCGUAUCCUGUGCUAGUGGGUUGUGCUCUGGCUGAGACUCAGAAACAAGAGAGAGAGGAGACGGAGACUGUCUCUGCUAUGGCCUCACUGUCAGUGGAUGUUGAACAGUCUUUUUCUCAGGAAGACAGCAGAGCUGCUGGCGAGCCCAUGGAAGAAGAGCCAGCCUUGUGAAGUGCCAAGUCCUCCCUGAUAUUUCCUGUGUGUGACAUCAUUGUGUAUCCCCCCAAAGCACCCUCAGACAUGUCUUGUCUGCUGCUUGGGUGGCACAGAUCAGAUGGAACAUAAACACUGGGCACAAAACUCUGAACAGCAGCUUCACUUGUUCUUUGGAUGGACUUGAAAGGGCCCUAAAGAUUCCUUAAAUGUAACCACUACAAUUCUAAAGUUACAAUAAAUCAGGCUUGAGAGAAAGAGCCUAGUGCAUGCUUUUAAUAUGCUGUGAGACCCACUCACUGACAUAAAUUGUGAAAUAGAAAUAUUAAAAUAUUCUACAUGAUAGAUUAUUGAUAGUUACAAGAAUUGCAACAUCCAGCAAAAUUCUGGGGAAAAUCCACGAAUCACUCUUUCUGACAUUCUGAAACACUUUUUACUGGGUAAUUGUUUUCACACUGUGUUAAAUUGUUAAUAGAAUUUGUUUUCUGUGCUCAGUGUAAUGAAAUAAUGGAUAGCUCAUAAACUGUCUUAUUUAAGGCAAUGUACUGAAAUCUUGUUUGGAUAAAUUAAAGACGUAAAUUAGGAUGAGGGAAUUUUAGCUAAAAAGAAAGCACUGCUUACUGUACUUUAAGUCCCCCAAAGUACUGUGCUUAGUGGUGCUUUAUUUUAUUUUCUCUCUUUCUAGAAUUAUAUCCCUGUUUAAUGUAUAAUUUUAUAUCAAUAACACCAUAAUCAAGGUUCUCUACAAUGAGUGAUCUUCUGCCUUUUUAAAAAUGCUGCACUCUGCAUAGUUGACAGUAGCUUUCAGCAUAUGUGCAUUAGAGACUCAAAUAGUCUCUGAAAAAUGGAUGACUUUUCAAAAGUUGUUUCAGUUUAUUUUGCAUCCUGACUUUCAGAAGAAAAAGUAUCUGUGUGCAGCUCAUUGGAAGCUCAGGUGUUUCUGCAGUGAUAAUUUGUUGAGAGGUUUUUUUUACAUCACCAUCUGAAUGCAAACAGAUUAUUUUCAUUACUGCAGACCCACAGAAGUUAGUGUUGCUUAAAAAGUUUCAAAGGGUUUAGUCUAUAUUUUAGAUCCUUUAAAGCAAAAUGUCCUUGAAAAGUGACUUUAACUCCUUAAAUUAAUGUUUGAGAGCGUAACAUAGAAUUGUGCCUUUAGCUGAUAAUGAACACUUAAACUAUUACACGUGUUGCCUUACUGUCAGAGAAGGUAAAAGGGAACAGGGCAUUUAUGUAGAAUACUUUAAAUGAACACAAAUUGUGAUACAGCAAGUUCAGUUUUGUUUACAACUUGCCCCCCACCACCAGUCAACCCUGGGAGCUGUUUUACUUACCUUGAAGAAUUCUACUUGCAGUAUUUGAAAGCUGGCUUUGCUUUUGAAAGUAAGUGAUGUUCAUUUUUUAUAUAUUUUCCAAACUCAAAGGAUAUAUUAAAGCCAUAAGUGAAGACU